AUGAGCCUUCACAGGCCUCUGCCGUCGCUUUCGCCGCUUUCGGCGGUGAAGGGAUGCUGUGGGAAGACAGUGACGGGGAAGGCCUUCUACUUCGUGGCCUGGCUAGAGCAGCAUGCCAGACACCUGAGGCCCAGCUCCUGUGUAGAUGCUUCCCUGCAAGAGUCCCAAGCAUACUUAAAGUCAUUGGCAGCUCUGGGAAUUUGGCUCCAGGUUGUGAGGGCCUUGAGUGGGAGUUGUGAGAUGACUGUGUCACGUAGUCGGUCGCGGACGCCACGCGUGAGGGGGCCUCGGAAAGCCCAGCUGGAAGCGUAUGCAUGGCACUUCGACAUGAUCCACGAUGAAGCACGCCUGUCUGCAUUUCACGGUGCUUUUUCUCGGCUACCAGACAAAGCCCUCCAAGGCGUCGCGCUGGAUAUCGGUUGUGGAACUGGGGUUCUGGGCAUGUGCCUCCUGCGACAGAGGCCUGAGUUGUCACGAGUAAUCGCUUUUGAGGCAGACCCUGCGCUUGCACGGGUUGCAGAAGCGAAUGCAGCGAACAACCGCUUGGAAGGUAAGCUUUCUGUACAGGCUCUUCGGUCAACUGCUGUUUCAUCUUUGGCAGAUGUGGUGGACACCGGGGAAGCUACCUCUCCACCACGGGCAAGCCUGCUCGUGGCCGAGAUCUUGGACGCAGGUCUGCUGGGUGAGGACUGUUUGCCGUUUUUGCUCGCGAUGCCGGAGAUGCAAAUCCGCAUGAUGUUGUAUUGGGGAGGCUUGUGGAUGCAGGAGAGGUGCGAGGUAAUCACGGCAACGGCAAGCCAUGCUGGUUGGCUGGACGCCGUGGUGUUCUGGUGGUACUGCCACAUGGUCCGCGCUGACUCCCUACCCACCAUGACCAAUGCACCCACCGGCGUGGCAAUGAAAACUCGGGCCGAUUCAAUGCCUGCUCGCCCUGAGAUCGGCCACUGGCGCCAGGCUGUCUCCGUGCUUCCCGGGCCACGCCGCUUCCUCCAGGAAGGGGAGGAGCUACGGCUAUCGGUCUUCCACACCGACGAGGAUGUCUGGUUCCGCAUCGCCGAGCAUGUGGCGAAGCCCAUGUCCCUGCCACGGGCCUACAGCAACCUGUCGUUCUUUCCUUCGUCGCGGCUUUGGGCACUGGCAGAUCGCGAGCGAUGGCACAAGCUCAAGCGCGAAGCCUUCAAGGCAGCGCGUGGUCUGCAGCCGCAACCCUUGCAAGAGCAUGCAGGAAUUCUCGUGCUUGACCUCUCGGACGGUCCCUUCAUGAGCUUGCUGCUUUCUGGGCAGCUCUCGAUCCGUUUCGCUCGUUUGGGAGGUCUUCGGCCCAGAUCUCAGCGCCUCCGCCGGCUGCUGCGGAUCGCUGGUCGCAAGCCGACCAUCCUGAGCUUCGAGUCCUCUGAGACGGGCCUGGGCGCCGCCUUGGAUGUGCUCAAGUCGGGCCGGGGACGUUUGUGGAAGCCCCGGUUCUGCCAAAUCCAGCCGCUGAUUUGCAGCCCCAGCCUCGCGCCGGAAAGCGUGCACAUGAUCUGUGGGGAGCCCUAUGCCACCGAGUGUGAGGGAAUGGCCUGUGACGCCCAUUUCUGGCAGCACUGGGCGCAGGUGGACGCUUUACGCUGGACCCUGGCACCCGGUGCCGUGCUGAUGCCCAGAGGUUUCAGGGUGCGGGCGGCUUUGUUGUCCUGUGCUGGGCUCUGGCAGCGCCGACAGCCCGUCACAGCGGAGGUCUGUGGCGUGGAUGUUUCUCGGAUCAACAAGCUGCAUCCAUCCUGGACGAGAGCCUCCCAAAACGCCGAGAACGCCUACCACCGUUUCGCGUGCAGCCUGUGGCAAGUCGAGCACCGGGUCGUGAGCGAGGCCCUCACCCUCUGUGAAGUUGACUUCGCUGCGAACUUUCCGAAGAUGCUGCGGUGCCAGAAGGUCACACUCCAUGCUUUCAGGGGUGCAUCCGCGGUGCAUGGUGUUGUGACUUGGACGGAGUGUGAUCUUCGAGGAAACCACAACUGGAGCCAGUGGCUUCCAACUGCGCGCCUCAGUGAUUCUGCGUUUCCGCAGAUUCAGCCCACCCCUUUUCUGCAGGGUGUGGUCUUGGCGCGGCAGCCACAGGCGCCGCAAAAGACAGGGCUCAAGGUGGCAGUUGCCGCUUGUUUUCGAGCCGCCGAUGGUGCCCUGAACCUGCAGCCGUCCUUGGCCGAUGGGGAGGUGAAGGCAAUUUGUUUAUGGGCGGGUCUCCAUUUGCAAUGCCAUCCAGGGACCAUCCAAGGGGUCAAUGGUGUGGGCGAUUUCACGAGACCUGUAGUCUAUACUGGUGCACCAGUGUUUACCCGGCACCCCGACCAAGUGCGCGAAAGCCUGUGGAAUUCCAUUCGUGGCAUCCUCGAUGCUUGGUUCGCCAAAGAUGGAGGGGGGGCAUAUGCCAAGCGCAGCAAGAAGCAGCGCCGCAAAGGGGUGCAGCUGGCAGGAAAGAAGUCGGGUGCCGAGGGCCCGGGCUUUGGAAUCCACUGCUUCAUCAUCAACAACUCUGGCGACAUUGAUGACUUCUACCAGGUGCACGAGGAGGUCAAUGCUGGCGGAUCGGCCCAGGUGUUCAGGGCCGUAGAGCUGGCAACCAAGGCAGUGCGGGCCGUGAAGCGGAUUGCCAAGAAGAGUGCCGGAGAGAUUGCCCGUGUCAUCCAGGAGGUGGCAAUCAUGAAGACCUUGGACCACCCCAACAUCGUCAAGCUUUUCGAAACAUUCGAGGACGACGACUAUUUGUAUCUGGUUCUUGAGUACUGCGCCGGCGGUGACGUGCUCGACAACCUGCUCUCUAACGGCAUAAUGGACGAGUUGGCGGCCGCCAUGGUCAUGCGAGGAAUGCUUUCCGCGCUCAACUACCUCAAUGCCAACGGCUACGUCCACCGUGACCUCAAGCCUGAAAACAUCAUGUACAAGGAGAAUGCUGUUAAAGAAGCAGAAGUGCCGUGGAGCACUCCGCGGGAGGCAGACAGGGCCGAGAGCCUGGUCUCGACGAUCCCUGUGCUUGCAUCUCACGAAUGCCCAGUGCUGAAACACCGUAUCGUACCCUUGGGCUUCCUGGAUUACGCUCUUCGGAUGGGUCAGGAGGAGUGCGAGGGUGGGGAUCGUGUUUAUGCUGUCGCGUUUUCUGUUAUUGGUGUGGCGGAUGAUGUGGAUGUUGGAUUUGCAAUGUUCGAGCAGAAGCAUUCACGACUGCAAAGUCAACAGAUGGAGACCCCGCUCGACUUCCGGGCCGCACAGCUCCGCUCCUGCCCAAUUGUGAGCCUUCUGCCCGUCUCAAUGAAGGUCGAGUUGGACAAGCGGCUCAGCGUGACAGAGGCGCUGGAUCAUCCAUGGCUGAAGCACAAAUUCCGCGGCAAGGUCAUUCACCUUCGGGACGAGACCGUCGAGCGCCUUGUGUCUUUCUCCCAGUACCACGAUCUCCGCAGAGCAGCCAUGCUGGCAGUGGCCUUCCACAUGGAUGCCGAGGACCUGCACCAGCUUCGCGAGCUCUUCCGUGGAUUGGACCUCAAUGGCGACGGGCUCUUGACGACCCAGGAGUUCAGCACGGGCGUCAGAUCCCUCGGUGUCGAUGCAGAGCUGCUCGACGAGAUGAUCCGCUGUUUGGAUGCCGACCACUCUGGCGUCAUCGACUACACGGAGUUUCUUGCUGAGAGCCCAGCUUCCUGCUACAUUUGCGUUUGA